AUGAAGGAGCAUGAGUGGCCCGUGACGGCGACUGAGGGAACCGAAAGAACGGUGAGGGUGGAGGCUGAGCUGGUGGAGGUUCCCGAUCACCGGAAGCCGCCAUGGAGAUGGCGUGUGGAUAACAAAGAAACAGCACUUGGUUGCCUUGGAAGAGAGUGUGUAGACCGAAGCGGGAUGGUGGCCUGGGAGCAAGUACAAAGUAGGCGGCAUGGCAGAGACAUCUUGGACAGUCGCGAAAAAUCAUUGGUCAUCUACAUAGAAGAGUGUGCUGGUGGGAAUCCGAGAUGUGAUUCUGAAGGGACAUGGAUGGACUAUAGGGGAUGGGAGGUCAAUCAAGUUCUGGACGACAAGUGGGUUUCCAACAAAUCAUUGUUAGACAUAUCAAGGGAUGAUCUACCAGUUGAUUAUGAGACAUUGACAGCUAGGGAUCUUUGGCAGGAUGGUGUCGGCUGGAGAUGGGACAGAAUCACUCCCUUCGUGUUUGAAAAUACGCGACAGGAGCUCAUGUCUGUUGUAGUAGAUACUUUCACAGGUUCAGAGGACCGGCUCUCCUGGACUGGUAACCCGAAUGGUGAAUUUACAGUGAGAUCGGCAUAUACGUUGCUGACAGAGAAUGAGACACCAAGACAGAAUAUGUUUGACUUCUUUCAGCGUGUGUGGAGAUCGGCUGUGCCGGAGAGGGUUCGGUUCUUUCUCUGGUUGAUUGGGAAUCAGAGCGUUAUGACGAAUGCAGAGCGGAAGCGACGUCACUUGUGCGACUCCGACAUAUGUCCAGUAUAUGUGGCGAAGGAGACGAUUCAGGCGAUAGAGAAACAUAAGACAUUGAGCGCGGAACCAGCAAGAGAGGAGAGGAUGAUAGGCUGGAAUCCACCAGUCUCUGGCUGGUUUAAACUGAAUACAGAUGGCGCUUCGAGAGGUAACCCGGGCCCUGCAGCAGCCGGAGGAGUCAUUCGAAACCACCAUGGCGAGUGGUGUGGAGGGUUUGGACUGAAUAUUGGCAGGUGCACAGCUCCCCUGGCGGAACUUUGGGGCGUCUACUACGGUUUAUAUAUUGCCUUGGAUAAGAAGAUAACAAGAUUGGAGGUCGAAGUAGAUUCAGAAUUGGUGGUCGGGUUUCUUACUACAGGGAUUGGCGACUCUCAUCCCCUGUCUUUCCUGGUACGCUUGUGCCACGGCUUAUUAGCAAAGGACUGGUUAGUCCGCAUCUCUCACGUGUAUAGGGAGGCUAAUCGUCUUGCUGACGGAUUAGCUAACUAUGCACUCACACUUCCCUUGGGUUUUCAUAGUUUGCCAUUGGUUCCUUAG